AUGCUAUCUGACCCAAGCGAGCCACCUGGUGGUGAAACUGGUGACUAUUGUGAAGACUUUGUAGACAGUUCAACCAUUCACCCUAGAACUACCACGCCUACUCACUCUCCUACAACCACGACUGCUGGGUCCAGGUGUCCACCCGAUUACUAUGGUUUAUAUUGUGAAACAUAUUGCAAAGCUGCCGAUAGUUGCGAGAAAGGACACUACACAUGUGACCCUAUAUCAGGGGCCAAGAUCUGCCAUGAAGGAUGGACUAAGGAUUCGGAGUGCAAGGUGAAGUCUACAGAUCCGGUGAGUGACCCAGAAUGUCCAAGUCAGGGAUGUAACCUUGGGUUUUGUUGGAGAGGGGGGUGCUGUUGUCUCGAAAAUAUUCUUGGAGAAUAUUGUGACACACCACUUGAUCGUUGUGCUUCAAAGCCAUGUUUGAAUGGAGCGAAUUGUACCUCAUCACCCCCAAGCAGUGAAUACACAUGCAACUGCCCAACAAACUUCAAUGGACGAAACUGCGAGAAUGACAAAAGAGAAGCACCAAGGACUAACCAAUGGUACGAUUUCAUCAUAGGAUUCACAUCAAAUGUAAAGGGAAACAGUAACUCAUCAACCGUCAAUGUGAUUGUUAGCAACCCAAACAACCAAACCGUUUCCUUUAACAUCUCCUCACCCUAUCUUCCUUCUCAAAUCCAGCGGACUUUAGGCCCAAAAGGCACCCCUGCCCAAUCAGUCUCAGUAGCCCUCCCAGGCGGUCUUCAGAUGGGGAAUAAUGUAAAAGAGAACAAGGGCAUACGUGUAUAUUCUGAGUCGCCUAUAGUAGUACAUGGUAUGAAUAAUAAGGGAGUUGCAAGUGAUGGGUUUUUGGGCAUCCCAGUUAGAGACCUUGGGAAUUACUAUAUCAUACCAUCUUAUCAGGCUAACGAGGCAUCAGAAUCCUCCAACAUUGGCAUAGUUGGUACUGUGGAUGGGACAGAGGUUAGGAUAUUACGCAAGUUACCAGAUGUCGGUUACGUAUCACAGAAUAUAAGUCUUCGGCUAAACAAGCUGGAAACGUAUCAGGUGAAUGAGUUUGGGAGUGACUUGACAGGAAGUAUUGUCUCAAGUAAUGCCCAGAUAGCUGUGUUUUCUGGAGCUUCAUUCACAAGUGUGCCUGGCGAUCAAUGCUGUGGCGAUCAUCUGAUUGAACAGAUACCUCCUGUAACACAAUGGGGAAGAACUUUUGCCAUUCAGUACACAAGAAGACGAAUUCUUGAAUCGGACGAUGAAGAUAGACUUCUUCCAAACGAGAUUUAUCGUGUCAUCGCUUCCGAAGAUGACACUAGAGUCUUAAUAAACAAAAGUCCUACUUCCAAUGUUAUAGCCCGAAUCAACAAGGGACAACACACAGAACAAGUUAUACGUCUGUCUGAAGGUGUAGAAGAACGACAUGCUAUCUUUGCGAACAAACCUUGCUUAGUUGCUCAAUAUAGCACAGGGUCGAGGUUUCUUGAUUUUGCAUCCCCUUUUAUGAUGAUAGUACCACCUAUUGAACAGUAUAUCAAUGAGUUUAUUUUUGCGACCGGGGCUCUGGACACCCCCUAUAAUAACUCCUUGAACAUUGUAACACUGAACGAGACGGAUAGAAAUGAUGUACUAUUAAACACAAAUCCAGUACAGGCGGGUUGGGUACCGUUUGGCGCGGACUUAUUUAAGUCAGCUCAAGUACAGCUGGGAAAUGACACUUCGUACAUUCUUCAGUACGGAAUUAAGCCAGCUCCUCCUACAAGCACGUCCACAAACAGCCCUAUUACAAACACAAACCACCCUACUAUAAACACAUCCACAAAACCCACUCUUACCAUCCAACCUUCAGCAGGCCCACCAACUAAUCGACCUUCAACAGAACCACCAACUAAUCGAUCUACUCUCGACAAGACUCGAGAAAAUCUUUCUUCUACUUCAUCUCCAACCAUACAGGGCGUGAUAGCGGCCCACGUGUAUGGACACAAGAUGGGGCAAUCUUAUGGGUACCCUGUUGGAAUGGCAUUCAACAUUAUCAACGCACUGAACAUUACCAUCGCUGGGCCACCUCGAUACAUCAAAUGCGAAUGUAGAGUAAGAACUGAGCCAACUCCAGAGUUAGGACGCAUCCUAUAUAAAAGUGACGACAUCCUAUUCAAAGACACCAACAACACCUGCUCCGACUGUAACCUCAUGCUCCGUCAGUGCCCCAAAUUGUGCUCCCGCAACAUUACCAACCUCCUGAGCAAGGAUGGGCUAGGUGCAAUGGUUCUGGUGAACAAUACAAACCAACCGUACAAUGAGACCCUCGGCCAAGUGAUGUGCAAUAAUUACAAUGAAGGAAUUCCGCCUCCUGGAAUACUGCUAGCCACUCAUACCGUCCCAAACCGUUGCGGGGAAGAAUCAGAUGCUGUUUUUAUUCAGACAAAGCCUCAGCAUCGUCUAUGUUGUAUUCCUAGCCCUGUUGGGGAUAGCCAGUUCCUAUGGGAUAGAGAGUGUGGGAACGUUGAAAUUACCUUCUGA